CCGAGGGAGCGCCGCGGGAGGGGCUGACGAUCCCUCCAGUCAGUGACCCAUGGGAUCCUCCCGUGCCGCCCCUGCCGGGCUGUGACCCCGCGGGAGGCGGCGCGCAGGCGCGGGUGAUGGCGCCGCCGGGCCUGGGGCGGGUGCCCGCGCUGCUGCUCGCCGCCGCCGCCGCCGGUCUGUGCGGCGGGACCGGCCCCGAGGCGCGCGCCCGGCUCAGCCUGGGCGGAGGCUGCUGGGAAGUCCGCAACGGUAACGGCAGCGUGCGCGCCCCCGCCACGGUUCCCGGGAACGUGCACAGCGCGCUGCUCGGCGCAGGCGGCAUCCGGGAUCCUUACUACAGGUUUAACGAUGAAGCCUACAGAUGGAUUGCUUUGGACAACUGGACCUACAGUCGGACUUUCACGCUUCCUCCCGACCUGAGGAAGUGGAAGAGAGUAAGUUUGGUCUGUGAUGGGCUUGACACUGCUGCCUCAAUCCUUAUCAAUAAUGUCACAGUUGGAACAUCCAGUAACAUGUUUCGUAGAUAUACCUUUGACUGUACUGAUGUGGUCCAAGAACGAAACUACAUUGAGGUGCGCUUUUUAUCAGCAAUUUCAUAUGCAGCACAGCAGAAUGCUCGACACAGCAAGUACUCAGUGCCCCCCAACUGCCCUCCACCUCAGCAAAAAGGAGAAUGUCACGUCAACUUCAUCAGAAAGGAACAGUGCUCUUUCAGCUGGGACUGGGGCCCGUCCUUUCCUACACAAGGCAUUUGGAAAGAUAUACGGAUUGAGGUGUACAACAUCUGCCACUUGACAUAUCUCACAGCAACCUCUGUUUAUGAUGAGGCAAGACAGAAGUGGUCCGUGGAAAUAGAGAGUUUUUACGAUGUUGUUUCCUCUAAGCCAGUUGAAGGUGAAUUGACUGCCAACAUUCCAACUCUACACACACAUCAAACCUACAAAAUACUUCUUGAUAAGGGAGAAGGCAGCAGCAGUAAAGUCAGACUGAACAUUAAUCAGAAUGCUUCCAUUGAUCCUUGGUGGCCUCACGGUUAUGGCAAUCAGACUGGUUACAAAAUGACUGUAACUGUCACUGUCGAAGGAGAACAUCAUAUUGAAAAGUCCAUUAUGGUAUAUUUCAGGACUGUGGAGCUGAUGCAAGAACCUGUACCGGGAUCUCCUGGAUUAAGCUUUUAUUUUAAAAUAAACGGGCUCCCAAUAUUCAUCAAAGGUUCAAACUGGAUUCCUGCAGAUGCUUUUUUGGACAGAGUGACACUUGAUGUAUUGCGGAACUUGUUGCAGUCUACAGUUGAUGCCAAUAUGAACACAUUAAGGGUAUGGGGAGGAGGUGUUUACGAACAAGAUGAAUUUUAUGAACUGUGUGAUGAAUUGGGGAUUAUGAUUUGGCAAGAUUUCAUGUUUGCUUGUGCACUUUAUCCAACCGACAAAAGUUUUGUUGAUUCAGUCAAGGCAGAAGUUAUUCACCAGAUCCGGCGAUUAAAAUCCCAUCCCUCCAUCAUAAUCUGGAGUGGAAAUAAUGAAAACGAGGCUGCACUUGCGUCAAACUGGUUCCACAUUUCACCGUCAAACAUGACACUGUACUUGGACGACUAUGUACAACUGUAUGUCAAUACUGUUAGAGAAACAGUACUUCAGGAGGAUAGAAACCGCCCGUAUAUCACCUCGAGUCCCACCAAUGGGAAGGAAUCCAUUCAGGAGCAUUGGGUUGCCAAGAACCCAUAUGACGACCACUAUGGUGAUGUUCACUAUUAUAAUUACUACAAAGACUGCUGGGACUGGACACAUUUUCCAAAGCCAAGAUUUGCAUCUGAAUAUGGCUUCCAGUCUUGGCCCUCGUUCUCUACACUGGAGAGGGUUUCUUCUGCUGAAGACUGGAAUUUCAAUAGUUCCUUCGUUAAUCACCGACAGCAUCUAACUGCUGGCAACGAGGUACUGCUGAACCAAAUCCAGCUUCACUUUAAACUUCCUCAGGCAAAGGAUCCCCUGCAAAACUUCAGAAAUACACUUUACCUUUCUCAGGUGAUGCAAGCACAGUGUAUAAAAGUGCAGACUGAAUUCUAUCGGCGGAGUCAGAGUGAAGUCAUUGAUGGGAAAGGUUUGACAAUGGGUGCAUUGUACUGGCAGCUCAAUGACAUCUGGCAAGCCCCCUCCUGGUCUUCCAUUGAGUACGGUGGUAAAUGGAAGAUGCUUCACUACUUCGCACAGGAUUUCUUUGCUCCUGUUUUGCCAGUAGCUUUCGAAGACCGUGGGACACUGAUGAUCUACGGAAUUUCCGAUCUAUUGAAAGACCUUCAACUUGUUCUUCAGGUUCGGCUGUACCAGUGGAGCCUCAUGGAGCCGGCGUGUGUUUUCCACACUGAAUCCUUUUCACUGAAGGCAAGGAGUGCAGCCCCGGUGUACAAGGAGGUGACCAGUGAUCUGCUGAAACACUGUGGUUGCAGCCGAGUUCACUGUGUGGUGAUCUUCUCCCUCGAGCUGAACAGCCAGCGGCUGGGACCCGCGAAUUACUACCUGCUCUCAUCGCUAAAGGAUGCUCAGACGCUGAGGAAGCCCCAAAUUAAUGCCACUGUCAGCCAGCGAGGGGACACUUACAUGAUCUCUCUGCGGACCACCAGUAUUGCCCCCUACGUCUGGUUGGAUGUCGGGAACGUCUCGGGGCGCUUCAGUGAGAAUGGCUUCCUGAUGUGGGAAGAGAACAAGCUGCUGACCUUCAUCCCGUGGCGUUCCACCAACAUCUCCGAACUGAGCCGCUCUCUGACCAUCCACACCCUCCAGGACAUAUACUGACCCUUCUCCUCUGAAGGCAGAUUGUCCGAUCAGCUGAAUGAACAUCCCUGUCUGUGUGAGUAAUGGUCACCACCCUCAGGACACUGCGGUUAACAGGCACAAAUAUCAGUUGAAAUUGGUGAGUACUAGAGAGUGAAGGCCAUCAACACCAAGGUGGCCUGUUGAAGUUUCAUUCACAAACAUGGUGUAUUUAAACCAAAGACAAAUCAGGAAGUCAGGACUGAAAUUUUCAACUCAGGAUCUUUUCAUAAUGUUAAUAAUUUGGAUUUGACUCCUGCCGGAAUAAAAAAAAUGUGCCCUUCCUGCCAAGGAAGUGGUUGAAUUUCCUUUUGGCAAUAUUAUCAGCACUGUACUUCCCCGAUGUAAUUUUGUGCUCACUUUUGUCCCAUUGAUUAAAGCCCAUUACAGAAAUAUUACUGAUCUUUUUACAAAUCUGUGCUUCAGUUGGAGAUUUGUUCCUGUGUGGCCCCUCUGCAUGGGUGAACUAAUGCGACUCCAACGUCAACAGCUCUUACACCUCAUGACCUUUCAGAUUAAACUAAUUGUUUAAAAGGCAAUAUAUAAUUUUAAAAUAUUGUGGAAGAAUUUGUUUUCUUAUAUUAACAUUGUUCUGCAAAUCUGAUUUGAUCUCAAGGAUGCACUGAUUAAAUUUAUGUAUAUUGAGCAUUACGGUGUAUCGAA